UCAGCGUGUUCCGGGGUGGGGACGGGGUGGCUGGGCCCCUUUGGCGGUGCAGAAGCUCCUGGAGCCUCAGGCGCCCCGUGGACCUGAUGGGGCUGCGGGGGACCGGCCUGCACAUCCUCAUCUUCCUCCCGCUUUGCCGGCUGAGUGCCUCCUGCAGAGCUGGCAGCUGCUGCUUUGAGAAGCUCCCGCUGCACCCAGACGGAGCCCCAGGUCCGGCACUGCCGCUGCACCCAGACGGAGCCCCAGGCUCCUUGUCAGGACCCAGGAACUUGAGUUGCUACCGGGUUUCCGGAGCCGAAUACGAAUGCUCCUGGCACUACGACGGCUCUGAGGCCAAUGUCUCUCACUUCCUGAGGUGCUGCUUUGGAGGUGGGCGCUGCUGCUACUUCCCUGCGGGCCGGUCCAGGACUGUGCAGUUCUCGGAACAGGCUGGUGUCCCUGUGCUGUCCAAGGUCACGCUCUGGGUGGAGUCUCGGCUCGGCAACUGGACCUUGAAGUCCCCGGCGAUAUCCCUGUACCUGUCCCACUGGACCAAGGCCAGCCCUCCCCCGGGGGACAUCAAAGUGUCUCGUUGGGACGGCCAGUUACGCCUGGACUGGAAUGUUUCCGAUGAGGUCCAGGCUGAGGUGCAGUUCAGACGCCGGACGCCCACAACAAAUUGGACGUUGGGUGACUGUGGACCCCAGGAUAGCUCUGGCUCAGGUGUGAUUGAGGACACUCAUGGCGGCAGUUCUGAGUCCUGCCUCUGCCCGUCGGAGAGCCUGGCCCAGGAGCUGCAGAUCCGGCGGCGGCUGCGGCUCCCGUCGGGGGCCCCCGGGGGUCCCUGGAGCAGUUGGAGCGUCUCCGUGUGUGUUCCACCCGAACCCUUUCCCCAGCCUGAGGUCACGUUCCUGGUGGGGCCCCUGGGCCGAGGUGGAAGGCGGAAUCUGACCAUGCAGGCGCAGGCCGCGCAGCCCGCUGUCCCCGAGGGUUGCGGGGGAGACGAGUCUGGUGCGCAGGCGCGGCACUUGGUGCGCGUGCACAUGCUGUCUUGCGCGUGUCAGAGGAGGACCUCGAAGACCGUGUCCCUGGGCAGGACGCUGAGGCUCUCCGGGGCCGCCUACGACCUGGUGGUGCUCACCAAGACUCGCCUCGGCCUCAGCCCCAACCGGACGUGGCACCUGCCCGCCCCCAAUGUCUCAGAGCUCCCCCCGGAGAUGAGAACCCUGGACGUCAGCGUGGACGGCAACGUGACCUCCGUGCGCUGGGCGGCGGGGGACCCCGGCACCACCUACUGCGUGGAGCGGCGGGCGCCGGGCGGGAGCCACGCCCACUGCGCCCUGAUUGGGCCGGAGGACGGGGGCGCGGCCGGGGCGGUGUCGCACCGCUGGCGCUCAGCGCCCGGCCUGCACCACGAGGGCUGUUACCACGUGGCGGUCUUCGCCACCAAGAACCCCGAGAAGCCACUGCUGUGGUCCACGGUCCUGUCCGGUUACUACUUCGGGGGUAACACUUCCGUGGCCGGGACCCCGCGCCAAGUGUCGGUGAGGAAGCACAGCGGGGACUCGGUGUCCGUGGAGUGGACGCCGUCCCCGCUGGGCGGCUGCCCGGGGGUCCUGACUCGAUACGUCGUGCGCUGCGAGGCUGAGGAUGGCGAGUGGGCGUCAGAGUGGCUCGUGCCGCCCACGGAGACGCGAGUGACGCUGCGGGGACUGCGCGCCGGCGCGGCGUACAGGGUCCGGGUGCGGGCGGACACCGCGCGGCUCCCCGGCGCCUGGAGCCCCGCGCAGCGCUUCCCGCUCGAGGUGCGGAUUUCCCGGUUAGCCAUCAUUUUUGCGUCCCUGGGGAGCUUCGCCAGUGUCCUCCUCCUGGGCAGCCUCGGGGCCGCCUGGCGCCUGUGCCCACCCCUGCCCACCCCCUGUGCCAGCACGGCUGUGGAGUUCCCGGGCAGCCAGGGCAAGCAGGCCUGGCAGUGGCGCAGCCCCGCGGACUUCCCGGAAGUGGUGUGCCCGCGAGGGACGCUAGUGGUGGAGGCGGCCCGGGACGCGGACGACGCCCCCGCCGUCCCGGAGCCCCCGCUCCGGGGCGGGAGUCCGGGGGGCGCGGCUGCCGUGGGAGGCCGGCGCGCGGUGACCAAGACUUCCGUCCGCUUCCGGGGCGGGGAGAAGCCGCGGCGUCCAACGGGCUUCUGCAUCCGAGUGACAGCUCGGGACCCCGGGGAGGAGACACUACCGGUGAUUGACAGCAGCUGGGGAGCGACCCCAUCGGUCGGAAGUGUCCGGGGCUCCCCGACGGACGAGGUCCGGCCGUCACGGCCCGCGCUGGGAAAUGGCCGCUCGGAGACUCCGGCAUCCGGUCGCUGCUCCGUCCUGCCCCUCGUCCCCGCCCCGGCCGCCCGCGCUGCCCGUCCUGUGAACGCACAGCCGCGGUGCCCUCCGCCGGCCCUGCAGGAGCGGCCGUGCAGUCGUCUGCAGAGCUCUCAGGGCGGGCGGGCAGCGGCCUGGUCCUCCCAGCCUCAGUUUCCCUCGCACAGGAGCGGGGACCCCCGCCCACUCGGGGUCCGCGAGGGCCCGGUUGUCUCCCCGGCCCUGCGCCCCACCCCAGACGUCUCCACAGCCCCACCACCCCGCACCCCCGCGGUGCGCAGUUCCCCGGCCUCUCCCCCCCUCUCCCCCGGCUCCUCCAGCGCCGACGGACGCUCCCGGCGCCGGCCCGAGCCCCGGGGCCGCCGUGGCCUCCGCGAGCCCCGAGUCCGUGCCCUUCCCACGCAGUCCCAGUGCGGGGUGAGAUCGCUGCGCGCAGGCGGGGCGGCCGCACCCUCCCACCCACAGCCCGGCCCCGGGGGUCAGGGCCAAGCGGGCUUCCCGGAGGAGGCGGCUCGGGGGCCCAGGCUGGAUGCGGGGCGGUGA